CAUCUGUUGCGCUUCUAACAGCGUAAAAUGGAGACUAAACCAAACAGGAAACCGGAGGACAUGAAUUACUCUCUUCCUCCGCUCUUUGCGCUCACUAAGAACAGAGAGAUGGAGCGGCUUCCGGAAAUGACGUCACGGGACGAAAGCCGCGUGGUACUCGGUAGAAGGACGGCUUGCCUAGAGGAAGGCGUGCCAGACAAGAACAUGGCAACCCAGAGUUCGAUGUCACUGCAAGAUUUGAUUCGGGAAGAUUUUUUGACUUGCAAAAUCUGCUAUGACUUGUAUGUGGUACCCAAAAUCUUACCAUGCCUGCAUAGCUAUUGCCAGAGGUGCCUCGAGCUCCUGGUGGAAAAUGGGACCAUACAGUGUCCCGAGUGCCGUCUGCAGACGGAAGUCCCGGGAGGUUCUGCUAGUUUGAAGACCAAUUUCUUCAUCAAUGGUCUACUGGAGUUGUUCCAGAUGAAGCACAACAAGGACCUAGAGUGCACAGUUUGCUCUAAUGCUCAGAAAGUUGUGGCUGCCACUGCCCAUUGCCUGGAUUGCAAAGAUUUCUUGUGCCAAAUGUGUUCCCAGGGCCAUUGCUGCUCCUGCCUCACUCUGCACCAUAAGGUGGUGAACCUGGAAGACUUCCUUGCUGGGCAUUACGACACUGAGGUGAGAUUCUUGCAGGAACUGUGGUGCCAAGGUCACCCACAGGAGGCUCUCCGUUUCUUCUGCGACACCUGCAGUGUGCCAAUCUGCAGGGAUUGUCGCAUGCUGGACCAUUUCCAGCACAAAGUGAUCUCCAUGUCUAGCGCAGUGCAGCGGGAACGGCCCUCUGUGGAGCAGCUGAUCAAGAGCCUGCAGGGAACGAUUACCGGCAUCUCUGAACAAGAGAAAACUGUGGAGGAGACAGUGGACAAACUAAAAGCGGAAGGAGAAAACGUCAAGGAGAAAAUCUGCAAGUAUGUGGACGAUAUCACUACUUACAUCUUUGCCCAGAAGGAGUCUGCUUUGGCAAAACUGAAUGUCUUCCUAAAUGAACAGCUGGAAGGAUUUUGUUUAGUACAGAAGGAGCUGCAGAGUCAGAAGGACAAAGCAGUGAGCACUCAGGAGUUUUCUCAGCGUAUCCUCUUUGUAGGGAAGGAUUAUGAGAUACUCCACCUGGAAGGAAUGAUCAGGAACAGAGUCAAGGAGCUUCAGGCAUAUGAGCUGCCGGAACUCCCAAGCCAGAUCCCAGAACUGGCUAUUGCCUGGGAUGAGCCCCAGCAACUCUCUGAAACACCACUUUUCAGUUUUGUCUUUCCUGGAGAGCAACCCAGAAGAGAUGUGCAGCAGUUGGAGCCAGGCAGCGAGUCAUUCACGUCUCUUGGCGAGGAGAGUGGGGAAGUUACAGACACUCUUUCUGAUUCUGAUGAAGACUCCUCCACAAGUGUGUCUGACUUCCACUCUAAAAGCUCCUCCUCCACUGGUUGCAGGAUAAGAGCAGAGUAUACUUACAGCUUUGAACUGGAUCCACCCCACUCCAAGCAAAAGCCCAAUAUUACUGGGAUUUCUGUUGUGCCUCACAGUGGCCAAAUUGUCCUUUUGGAUCAGGCAAAUGAUGAGAUAAAGCAGUAUAGCUCCAGCGGCCAUUUCCAGGGAGUGAUUCAUUUGCCUUUAUCGAAUUCUGUCUUCUGUGGUAUCUCUGUGUGUGGAAAGAUCCUGGCCUGUUCCUCAGAGACUCAUCUUUUUUUCCUGACUCUUGAUGGAUGGUUCAUACAUAAACUGCAGAUGAGGGGUUCCGAGUCGUCCUAUCCCCUUGCCUCGUACCGGGACUCUUACGUGGCUGUUAGUGAGGGAACUCUCUGUUCUGUCUCAUUGUACAACCCAUCGGGCAUGUGUGUUGGCAGAGUCCAGCCAGAUAACUAUCAUGGAGGGAAAUUCCUGUUCAUUGCUGUAAACAGCUGGGAGGAGUUUGUUGUCUCAGACUUCAUUAAAAAACAGAUUGUUAUCAUGGAGAAAUCUGGACUGGUUCUGAGUGUGCUGAAGCCCUCGACUUCACUGCUCACCAAGCCAUUCAGUGUCUGUGUCGAUGAAGAUAGGAACAUUUUUGUGGUUGAUCAGUUCAAAGUGAUACAAUUCUCAUCAGAUGAUGAGACUGGGAAGGUGGUGCUGAAUGACCAGAGUCAGGUGAGAAGACCUAGAGUCCUGGCCAUUGAUAAUGAGAACCUCAUUUUAGUGAGGGAAGAUGGAAGCACUGAUGUCUAUUGCCUAUAGUUUGCUAUAGCUCAUCAGAGUAUGAAUCAAGUGCCUAAUUCUGAGCCUCUUGCUGGCAAGAAGCCAGAGAAGACUGUUGCGUUAACUAGAUAUUGAGAUGGGCUUCAGCCUUUACUAGAGCCAGAUCACACUCUGGGUAAGAAAUGCUGCUAUGUUAAGAUGAAUGUGCAUUGCUGAAGCCUUCGUGCUGCUGCUAGAUAGAACCUGACUUGUGAAUAAUGGCAGUAGAGCAGGAUCUUCCCUGUGCCUUUAAACUACGCUUUGCAUUCACAGAACUGCUCUGAUCUUGUUACCUCCAGAGUGUGCUGCUCCAGUCCAAGAGCCCAUGACGAGAAGUAGCUUGUCUCUUCUGUAGAACCAGCAUUCCCUACUUAUCUGAUGGUGGUGGUGGUCGUGGAAAAUCUUAUGGAGCACUAGGAAGCUUGGUCUUUGUUCAGUGAGCAAUAGACUAGCUAUUCCUUUUCCAGUUGAAUGUGUAGAUUCAAGACUCAGAGCUGGUGCUGACGAGUUCUCAGCCCUGGCUUUAUAUUUACAAAGACUAUGUAGGCUUAUAACAUUCCACUUUCUGCUGCUAUGGACCAGGAGCAACUGUGUCUUGCCAUCAGUUUGCUUUGUUUGGCAAUGUAAUAGAGCAAUGUGGCUUCUGGUUUAAUUUGAACUAACCUUGAUGGUGAGGGCAUGUGUACAAACAUUUGUUUUCUUUGAACACAAACAUGCAUUCAAUGUUUUUUUUUUUGGAAAUGUAGAUGUGCAUUUGCAUGCACCUACAUCUCCCCACAAGCAUUUAAUGAUCUUGCAUGGUCCCUGGAUACCCAUAAAGUUGUUAAUUCUGCC